AUGCUCGCAGCCGGCCCUGCGAUUGCCAAUGACUUGCUGUCUACCUCGACUACGACUUCCACGUCCACGACUACGGUUCUCACGCUCACGACCACGAUCACGAGUGGACGAACGACGUACGCUACGACGCAGCAUUUGACGCCCGCGACUACGAUUGAGAUUGUUGGUGCGACGCCUAUUGCGAGGAUGUCGAUUGGAAGUGGACAUGGCGUUUAUGGGGGCGAGGAGUUCCAGCAGGCGGUGCUGAAUAGCACGAACUUUUUCCGCAAGCAGCAUAAGGCGAAGCCGUUGGAGUGGAAUGAUGGGCUUGCGAGCUUUGGGCAGCGGCAUGCUGAGAAGUGUAUAUGGGAGCAUUCGGGCGGCCCUCAUGGCGAGAACCUGGCAUUGGGCUACGGUACUCCAACACUGGCCAUCGACGCCUGGGCGAAUGAACAAGAGGACUACGACUACGGUGACGGCGAGUUCAGCGAAGAAACUGGCCACUUCACCCAGCUGGUCUGGAAAAGCACGACGAGCGUCGGCUGCGGCGCUGUCAACUGCCACGGCGACGAUGCACAAGGAUGGUUCCUCGUUUGCGAGUACGACCCACCAGGCAACGUCGUGGGAGCGUUCGAGAAGAACGUAGUGCAAACGGGUGCUGCGUCCCGAAUAAGUGGUGUGUCGCGGAUGCUCCUCGCGCUGGUCGUCGUGAGCUCCGUGGCUACCGUGUGGUUGUGA